AUGAAUGGUUUAUCGAGUAGCAGUGUAUUGGAUGCAACGUCUGAGUGUACAACUGAUGGAUUAAACAGUAGUAAUGGUCAUAAAAAAACAGCUCAUGCGAAAAUUUCUCCACUUCUCGAUUCGGAACUAUUUGAAAGAAGUUUAUAUAUUCCAUUACACAAUCGAAUAAAUCAACGAAUACAGGAUGGUUCACCAUUUUUUUCGCUCGAGUUUUUUCCACCGAAAACUGUGAAUGGUGUUUCGAAUUUCUUUUCUCGAGUUGAACGAAUGCGAGAAGGAAAUCCAUUAUUUGUUGAUGUUACUUGGCAUACUGGUUCCGAUCCUGGAAAUUUGAAAAAAGAAACAUCAUCAACGUCGAUUGCUGCUGGUUGUUUAAAUUAUUGUGCCGUUGACACGAUGCUUCAUAUGUCUUGCAUAAAUUAUUCAAAGAAGCAAACGCUGAGACAUUUAGAACAAAGUAAAAUUGCUGGACUUAGAAAUAUUCUUGCACUUCGUGGUGAUUUACAGAAACAGAUAGGCAUCAGGGUCCGGUGCGCCAGUGGAGAAAGCCUUCUACGCUUUGCCGAACAGUAUGAACUUUUUGUUACUAAUACAUACCUCCGAUAUCAAUCCAUGUGGAAUUGCGCAGAUAAUCAACAUUCCAACAAGAUUGAUUAUAUUUUAAUCAGUCGCCACUGGAAGCGUUGCAUACUAGACACUCGUUCUUAUCGUGACGCGAAUAAUUUUCAUGGAUCAGAUGUUAUGGUUCGGCAUAAGAUCCGCAUAAAACUGAUAAUUUGCAAAUUUAACCACGAUGCGUUAUCUGUUGUCCCGAAUAUAACUGAUUCGCCCGUCGAACCAUAUGUUCGCAACUGUGGACCGCCAACACAAGAAGAAGAAAUGAUUUCUGUAAUCCAUAAGCUUAAGACCUAUAAAACUCGGAGAAGAUGGUCUUUGGGUCGAAUUCUUCAAAUCUUACCUGGAUUGGGAUGUAGUUGUGAUGACCAGAUUUCCAUAUUAAAAAAGAUACAUAUUGAAACAUCGCUUCAAGUAUCGGCAUGCCACCGUCAAUACUGUCAAUUGUUUUAUCGAUUGUUACCUUCGAUUCAAUUGGCAGGGCAGUUCUUUGAAGCACAAUGA